UAAGUGCGUUGUCUAUUUGUAUUUGUGUCUCUCUGUGUGUGUGUGUGUUAAAAGUCUCUCUGUGUGGUUUGUGAACAAAAAUACUUUUUUAUUUUUUUCAAAACAAAAAUGUCCCAGGAUUCGUGACGGGACGCGAUUGGCAAUGGGAUGAAGAUUUGCGGCGUUGGCUGAGAGUAGAUCCGUGGUGGUGGUGGUUGUGGUGGUCCUGCUAAGAGAUUUACGUGCCCUGAAGCUGGCUUAGCUACCAGUGAAGGGGGGCUACGAUUUGGGGAGUCGAGGAGACGGGCGAGCGGACAGUCCCCUUUAGCCCGCCCCUGCCGCCGCUGACGUCACAAUGGGCGACUGGAGCAUGCUGGGAGGCGUGCUGGAGCAGGCCCACGAGCACUCGACGGCGCUGGGCAAGGUGUGGCUCACAGUCCUGUUCGUCUUCCGCAUGCUCGUGCUGGGCACGGCCGCCGAGAGCGUGUGGGGCGACGAGCAGUCCGACUUCCACUGCAACACGCUGCAGCCGGGCUGCGAGAACGUCUGCUACGACGCCGCCUUCCCCGUGUCCCACGUGCGCCUCUGGGUGCUCCAGAUCGUCUUCGUGUCGACGCCGUCGCUCGCAUACCUCGGCCACGUGCUGCACGGAGCCCGGGCGGUCGCGCGCAGGAGGGAGCGGCGAGCGAGGGCAGCAGCCGCCGCCGCCGCCGCCGAGGGGAGGACGAGGGGGGCGGCCGAGGGGAGGGCCGCGGACUCGGCAGGAGCGGCGGUCGAGGGCGGAGAGGACGGCAAGGACGAGGGGAGGGGAGAGGAGGACGCUCCUCCCGUGCGUCUCCGCGGAGCGCUGCUCAGGACCUACGUGCUGUGCGUGUCUCUGCGCUGCGCCUUGGAGCUGUGCUUCUCGCUGGGCCAGUACGGCCUCUACGGCCUCCUGCUGCGGCCCCUCUACCGCUGCGAGCGCUGGCCCUGCCCCAACGCCGUCGACUGCUUCCUGUCGCGGCCCACCGAGAAGAACAUCUUCAUCGUCUUCAUGAUGGCCGUGUCGGCGAUCUCGCUGGCGCUCAACUUGGCCGAGGUGUACCACCUCGGCUGGAAAGCGUUCACGCGCAGCAUCAACUACCGAGAACCCACCUACGAGGUCCCCGAUUAUUCCGAGCAGCACAAGACUCCUCCGCCACCUCCGCCCGCAAAGAACCACCGCUCCCAGCAACCGGGAGUCGAACCCAGGCCCCCGCAGGCUCCGGGCCUUCCGUGGGCGAGCUCUCGCGAAGGAGACGAGACGGGAGGAGGAGGAGGAGGUGGACAAGAUGAGGCCUACCUAACCGCUGCGGCUCCACCGUACCGCCGGCAGGACUGGCCAACAAUGUUUGCGUCCGAAUUCGACACUGGCCGCUCCACGUUCGACACCCUGUGGGACGAGCCCUCCGCUUCCACGGGGAUGACGCAGCAAGCGACGAGGAGCUCCCCCGCCGGGCAGCUGCCCCCAGCCACGGCGCCCGGCUUCCCCCGGCUGCCCUUGCCCCCCACGAUGCCCCUGCCCCUGCCCCCCUUCCCCCUGCACAUGCACAUUCAGGAGCCCCCCCACAGCCGCAGCAGCGGCGGCGGUGGCAGCAGCAACGGCAGGAGCCGCUUGGAUGACCUCGCCGUUUGAAGGACCGGCGGAAGUUUCACGAUGGCCCCGUGUCGCCUAGGUUCGAGACCCGGGUGUGGGGUUUUGUUUUUGUCUCGUCGAGUGGGACUGAGUUGAGUUGAAUCGGCACCGGCCCGAGACCUCGGUUUGAGCCCUGGGUAUCUGUGUGCCUGUGUUUCUCUGUCUCAGGUGGUCCAUAAUGGCUGGGUUUGAACAGGUUGCGAUUGAGCGAUCGGCUUUCUAGAAGGGGUCCCCCCGUCCAGAGGCCGUGUCGGAGACACAGCCAGCACCGAUGAGCUCCUGGCUUCGAGACCCCUGAGGCUGGCUGCCUGUUUGAUUCUCAGUGGGUUCAUAAUGGCCGUGUCGAGCACUGCCCAGACGCCGGGUUUGAAUCCUGGGCGUGGGGCAGAGGUCGCAAACGGGUUUUGAUUCCUUACCCGUACCCGGCCGCACCAGGGUCGCAAAUGGGUACCCGUACCCGGCCGGGUACGGGUACCCACCCGUUCCCUACCCGUACCCUACUCGAAAUGAGUGACAAACGGUUACUCACCAGUGACUCACGACCUACCCGUACCCGUACCCGGCCGCACCAGGGUCGCAAACGGGUACCCGUACCCGACUGGGUACGGGUACCCGUAUCGGGUAGGGUACGGGUAUCGGGUACCCGGUUGCGACCUCUGGCGUGGGGGCCCACCGCCCGCCCCCCCCCCCUCUCUCUCGGGAGGUUCAUAAUGUCUGGUUUAGAGCUAAUUAAUUGCCUGGGUUUCAAGUUCCGGUACUGGGUGCGUCUCUCUCUCUCUCUGUCCGGAGGUUCACAGUGGCCAUGUCGGAGGUUGCAAACCCCCCAAGUUCAAUUCGCACGCGUUUGUCCAAGCAACUCCGGGAGAGGAGAUUUGCCCCGUGAUUCGAUUCGAUGUCUGUCCCUCGACUCGGCGGGUCAGUAUCCUCCGGCAUGAGCUCACGUCCUUGGCACCUGCGGAGUCAUCCUCCUGUGGAGACGUUGGCGAAAAGAAGCUUCGUAGCGCAUCGGAUUCGUCCAGGACGAAGAUUCCGAGUGGCAGCUGCUCCGGUCCGCCGUUUGACGUUUCCCCAACCAGGCCUCCGUUUUUUGGGUCAUUCCCUCGCUUUCUUUUCUCCUUCGCUUUGUCGUUUUCCUUCGUGUACUCCCCGAAAUGGAGUGAGGCAAGUCCCCGCUUCACGCGUGGCCGGCGUUCACUCUGCAACGCGCCGUUCCUUGUGAACGUGGUUCACUCUGAUGCAUCGAUCGCUAUGAGUGCAGUUCAAUCUCUAACGCGUCGUUCCUUGUGAAAGUGAUUCACUCUGUAACGCGUCGUUCCUUGUGAAAGUGAUUCACUCUGAUGCAUCGAUCGCUAUGAGUGCAGUUCAAUCUGUUUAACGCGUCGUUCUAACCACGACACGUCCUGCCGAAGCCCUGCUUACUUUUUUGCUGUAAAACGUUAUCUGCCAUUAAAAUGUUGGUGUGGUUAUUUGUGCAAAAAAAAAUCAGUUUGAUAGCUCCAAUUCGUCAAUAAAUCCACGAGGUUGUUUUGAGUUCGAUUUCGUCGCGUAAACGGAACGUGCCAAUUCGUUACUAGUACAGCACCACCCGGUGUGUUGGAGAGUAAACCCACGACAUUUACAAUCCGGGUACAAAGUUUCGCCAGUAAUUACAACGUAAAUGCCAAUCUCAACAAAGCAAAUAUCAACGACACAUUCUGCUUUCGGUCUGUUGUCAAGCAAAACAAUAAAACCAUUGCAACUUGUAACACGCCACGAUAUUCUCCCACGCUUCAAGAGAGAGCGGAGGAACCAGACGACCUGGAAAUAACUAGCCAGGCGGCGGGCGAGCCUGCACCAAUUGCCCACGCUCUGCGGUCCUCUAUUCAUUAAGAUGUUUUCAGCCAAGUAAUGGGGGCGUUUGUAUAUGCGUGGCAGGAAAAAUGGUCAAGGGGGAUUGUGGUGGCGUAAACAGCCGUUUGUGUCGCCAUUUCGUUUCAUUGUCGCGUUGUCAAACGUUUCUCCUUCGCCUUGGUGAAACGUUUAAAUCCACAUCGUUAGAAUAAAAUCACCCCACAAU